UAUUGCUCAAAGAUUUAUUUAAGUUUCCCUCACGAACAGAAAACAACAAAAUAGAAAUAUGGAUUGGGCCUUUAUUUGGGUUUGAGACAAGGUCCAUCUUCGGUGGUGUCAAUAGGAGUAUAUUUCAUUACGGUCAAAUCCCUUGGACUCUGUAUAUUAAUAAGGUCAGUAUAUUGGUUUGCUCGCGUGAAUUCCGAUUGGGAAGAAUCUUUCCGGCCGUCUUCUUCGUCGUCGUGGUCUUUUCAAUGGGUGGAAUCUUGUCAAGCUUUUUCGGCGGACCUGCAGAAGCUUCCGAGUCAGCCGGCGAUGGCUCCUCGGGAUCAUCACGCGUGAUUGCUUUCCAUUCAACCAACCGAUGGCAACUCCACUUCAACAACUCCAAGCAGUUGAACAAAUUGAUGGUGGUUGAUUUUGCCGCUACUUGGUGUGGGCCCUGCAAGUUCAUGGAGCCGGCCGUCAACGAGAUGGCCGCCAAAUUCACGGACGUCGAUUUCAUCAAGAUCGACGUCGAUGAGCUCUCGGACGUGGCACAGGAGUUUAAGGUGCAGGCAAUGCCCACAUUCUUGUUGCUGAAGCAAGGGAAAGAAGUGGAUAGGGUGGUCGGAGCUAAGAAAGAUGAACUGGAGAAGAAGAUUCAGAAGCACAGAGAAGCCCCCAAAUUUGCUGCUUGAUUCAUCAUCACCCACCAAAAGAGAAAAAGAAAAAAUCUUUUGGCUUUAUUGUGUAAUGCUACGUAAUUAUAUUUUCCUGAAUGUUGAUUGGGAUUUUGGGGUGAUGUAUUUUACUAUUGAAUAACUGUGAUGAUAUUGUUAGUAUGACAGUUUUCUUGCGCUUGUGUUUUUUUUUUAAUCCUUGCAUUUUCCUAUUUUUCUCAACAUUCAAGCGAUGUUAAUAGUCUUCUUCCAAGUUAGAUUAACAAUUUAG